UCUGAGGGAAGAAAGGAAUUCGAGAAAGUUGGUCCUCACAGUCGGAGUUUUAAAGAUCUCAUGUCACAUGAAGAAGAAAUAAAAAAUGACUUACAACGAUCUGAGGAACUAGCUACCCUUAUUUUGGGAUUAAAGCUCUUUAUUGGAGAAAAGAACCUGCCUUCCCCUAAUGAAAUUGUUGAAAUCUUUGGCAAGAUGGUUAUCAAUAGUUACUGCAUCUACAGUGGAGAUCUUCAAGUGAUAGGAACAGGACUAUAUUUAGGUGCAUCUGUGUUAGAUCACUCGUGUGAACCUAAUGCAGUGGUGACGUUCAAUGGGACAACUCUUUAUGUACGAGCUCUUCAGGACUUGGAUGAACUAGACUACAAAAGAGUUUUUAUUAGCUAUAUAGACCAAAUGGCUACAACCCAAGAGAGGCUAAAAACAUUGAAGGAGCAGUACUAUUUUGUUUGUCAGUGUCAGCGCUGCAAUGAUCCAAAACUGGACAUUCUGAUGACAAAGACUGUGGAAUGUGCCACAGAAGAGGAUGUUGCCAAAGUAACAGAAGAGUCCAGAAGAAUGGUUGAACUUUUAGAAAAGAAAAAAAGGAAAAUGAUGACCCAUCAACUCUACUGGAAAUGUGUAAGCAUUGUCUAAGUCAACAGGAAGGAAUUCUGGCUCCUCUCAACAUCUUGCAUGUAAAGAUUUUAGAUAAAGCUUUUGAUGCAUGUAUCUCUCUGGGAAAGUGGGAGGAAGCUAUAGAAUUCUCACUGCCAACUCUCGAACC